UACGUCACAACCAGUCGUAGAGGAUGCUGGGGCGAGAGGGCAAAGAUGGCGCGCUCCACUAGCAUGGGGCGUGAAGGGAAAGACACAUCUCAGGAUAGAGGCGCUUCUAACGCAGAUCUCUUACUACACCCCGAGCUCCUGUCUCAUGAGUUUAUCCAGUUGGUUCUGAAUGAGAAAAAGAUAACCAGUGGAGACGAUGGGAGCCGCGACCAGCUCACGGCUCUCUACCUCCGGCACGUCAUCCCCCUCCCGCAGAGAGCGCUGCCAAACAACCGCUGGGGAAAGAGGAUGGAGCAGACUCGAGCGCGACAGAGCACAGCCAGCGGACAGUCUCGUAGCUUCAGUGACGACCACAACAGGAAGAGGCCUCUGAUCGUGUUCGAUGGCAGCUCCUCUAAAAGUGGCCCCGUCAGACUGAAAAAGCCAGAGGGUCAGACCUCGGGGUCUGGCGUUACCGACAGAUUCAAGCACCCUCCCUCCAUGAACCUCUUCAGCCCCAUACGCAAGCUGUCCAGCACCACCCCUACCCCCUCGUCCUCCCACAGCCCAGGAGGCCCCCAUAGGAGUCCCACUGGGAAUAAGGGUCUGGGGAGCCCUCCCUCCUCCCCCAAGUCAGUUAAUCUCAAACGGGAUGCAGACAGCUCGGGUGAGCUCAAAGAAAAGAAAAAGAUCCAGAAAGUGACAUGGCCUUGACCCUGGACCGUACCCAGAGACUCACCACUCCACUGUAGAGCAGUCAUGAGCCACCUCACACUGGGGCAUUCUCUGCCAGAGUCGGGACAAUCACAGAACGGGUGGUGACAUCCGUCCUCAUUUACCUAACUGACCCCAGAACUACUCUCUGACCCUUUACCUGACCCUCAAGUGUCCUUACAAUGAGUAUUCUGCUCCUGGGACUUUACUGACUCUUAAUGCAGACAUGGCACCACAAUAUUUCUACGUUCAUAAGUAUUUUGUGGAAUAAGCAGAUUAUCCCUAAAUUCUGCUCUAUGCAUUAUAAUUCUGUGAUGUGACCUACCUGACAUCCUCUUAGAACAGUUAGAGUUCAUCCUUCCAGUGCUGUUAGAGCUUGAGUUGAGGAGGUUGAUGGUGUUUAACUUGAUAGGAAAACAUUGGGUCUACAAUGCUAAGUUGUUAUGCAUCUUCAUACGUCUGUGUGGCCGUACCAUAUCCACAGUGGGGCAUGAUGGGUAAGGGAUUUCUCUGGGUUUUGAUAAUGAUUCCUCUUACUGAUCCUCAGUAGGAGGAACAUUGCCACUGGCCGCCCCACCACCGUUACUGUUGCCGAGGUGCAUCGUAAUUGUAAAACUCAUUGCAGUACAUUUUUAUUUUUUUAUUUCACCUUUAUUUAACCAGUUAGGCAAGUUGAGAACAAGUUCUCAUUUACAAUUUACAUAUAGCGCGUGCAAUGAUG